GCAGUGUCGAAAUGCUUAUGUGCUAUAUAUAUAUAUAAGUGUAAAGUCCGUUAGUAUCGUUCGGAAUAGUUGGCGCCGGCCGGCUGUUGGCUAAUUUACGCGCUCGUCACCAACCAAAAUGUUUGGAGUUGCUUCGGUGUGCGCACCGGCAGCCCAUCCCGACUAAACUAUCGGCCGUUAGAAAGUCUGCAGUCUGCGGGGGCCCUUCGCGACACUUCGCCUUUUUCGUACUCCGUAUGAAAUAAAGCCCAUUUAUUAUCACUAUUAUAACUUUGAAUAAACAAAUCCAAAUUGGCACGUAUCCCACGAUCGGCAAUCCGAAUAUGAAAGGACAACUAUUACCAACAAGAAAAUCUGACCCUACAACGUCCUGGAGACUUUACUGCUCGCAAGCAGCCAUUCAAGAUUGACAUUUGCGGAGAAUCGGUUAGAUUUACAAUUUUUUCGCUCUCCGCACAUUGCCAUGGCAACCUGUAAUUCAAAUAGAUAAAUAUACAUAUUACGAGUUUUUAUUAUGUAUACAAAGUGGGACAUGGACCAUGGAAUUCUGAACGUGAAAUGGAAAAUACUCUGCUAUUACUGCUGUAGCAAUAUAGAAAAAGUCGAGCGCAAAGAAUUGUCAUGUCCUAGAAAUAUCGCCAAAUUUCUUUCAAUUAGCAACUCCGUAAGUCGUUGAGCUCCAAAGAAAGUAAAUAGAAAAUUCGAUUUUUGGCAAUGCUACGAAAUAUAUCGAAACUGUGUCGUUCUUUUUCCUGCGUCAAGUGAAUAAUACGAGCUUUUUCGGUGUAACGUACAGGGUUCUGUUUGUAAUGUAAGCAAUAUUCUGUAACCUAGGCGAAAGAAUUGAUUAUUGCACAUUUACUCCAGUUUCUCUUAUCUCUUGCUCCACGUGUGUUGGGUUGAAACAAUAUGGAGCUGGAAUUAACUCGAGUAGAUUAUACAGUCGUGGGUGUGACUAACUCCAAUUGUCUUGUGUUGAUGCCUGGCAAUUUGCCCAAGGAACAAUGUAAGGUAGCUAUUGUAGAUGAAGACGGGGUACUGCAGGUGUUUUCGAUAAAAAAAGACGAAAUAGUCUUGCAUUUUAAGACUUUACCAGGACCUCCGAUAAGUUCGCUAAAAUACGUAAAUGGAUCUGGGCUGAAUCAAGGAAAAAUAUUCGUAGCAUCAAAAAAUGAAGUCAGAGGCUAUUCUCAAAGAGGGAAAUUAUUCCUGACUUUCGAUUCAGGGUUAACAGAACCUAUAAGCACUAUGUUCGUUAUGGACAAUGAUCUUUUCCUUUGUGGAAAACACAUAUAUACUCAUUAUAGAGACUGCAGAGAAGUUGGAUCUUACUUAUGUGGAGACAAAAUAGUUGAUGUAGUGGCCUUUUACUCGACCAAGAGUCGAAGACUGAUGUCCAUAAUCGCCUGCGAAGGAAGAAUGUGUAGGAUUUUGGAGCAUGCGAGAGUAACGUGUAGUUUGGAAGUAGAUACUUCUCCUACUAUACUCCAUUUACAUGAGGAUGAUGAUUCAAGAAGUGUCCUAUUUGGUACAAUAGAUGGUAGAGUUGGAAUAUUAAAUGUAGGAAAUUUACAGGCAUUUAAAGGUUGGUUGAUAAGCAACGAAAAUAACUCUAGUUCGAUCAACUGUAUGGAUAGUUACGAUUUGAAUGGUAGCGAUACGAAUCAACUAAUCAUUGGAAGACAAGAUGGUAUGAUUGAAGUAUAUCAAUUGAGUUUAAAUCUCAAUGUCGAGGUUAUCCAGAAAAUAUUCUCUUUUGAUUGCAAUGAAAGAGUGACAGCCCUCAAAUGCGGCGUUAUAGGAGAGCAAGGUUUCAAUGAAAUCCUUGUGACGUCAUACACAGGCCGAGUUUUUGGUUUGACAACACAACCCAUAAGUACACACAUCGACAAUUCGGAAGGCAAAUACGUGUUUUCUACAAACUCUUCUGAGAAGAUUCAUAAAUUGAGGUACGGAAUACUGAAAUGUUUGGUUUCUGAUUAGUCCAUAUAUGCGCAGUCUUUUAGGAGAUCGAUAUAUUUUGAAAAUCACUAUUUCAUAUUUGAUUUAAUCAAAGUAAGCGUACUAGACGACCGCCCAGGGCGCCAGGACCUGAGGCGCCUGGCUGUUGGGUCGGAAAGGGGCAAGAGGGAAUUUGGGGCGGUUCCGGCCCUGUUUGCUGAUAAGACCAGGGCCGGGAAAAAGUAGGUCCAAUAUACUUUUUGAGUUGACGUUAAUUUGGAGUCCAAGCUAUUUCUAGAAGAAUUACCAAGCAUAGUCAACCUUAAAGGCCGUCCGUGACUGUACUUUAGAAUAUGACAUGAAAGAGUGCCAUUUUGUUCCUGUCGCCACGUGAGGCCGGGCGUUGCCAUGAAGGAGAAUGACACCGCUAGAGAGCAGACCCCGCCGGCGGUUUUGAAUAGCGCGCCUAAGGUCAUGUUUUACGGUACCUCUAAACAUGUAUAGCAGGACGAAUUUUUUUGAGUUUAAAAGCCGCGUUAUUAUUUACUGAGUGACAUGGCGACAAAGAAAACAGUAUAACCGUAUAUAAUUCUCGAAUUCCCCUCUUUCUGAAAGUUGAAGCUUAUAGAAAUGUACGUCUAGACAGCCAUGACCCAAGAUAUAGAUUGAUUGAACUGGGAACCAUUUCAAAGUGUGCAAGAGAUAACACAAAGAAUCGAUCUUAAUGGUUGGAACAAGAAGCUAGAAACGAAAAAAUGUAGUGUGUAUGUAGUACGUAAACUUCGUUGUUACAACUCUUUGAAAAUGUUUCCUAUUUUGUUUUACCAUCUAACAAGAAAUAGCAAAUUAAUAAUAUAUGCUUUCACCAUAUUUUCAAUUUUUUUAGUUUUGUGGCAGAAUUAUUGAGGUGAAUAGAGGCCCAGUCAUGAGUAGUAGGAUUACUCCGCAAACUAUAUAGUUUCUUUCUAAGUCUAUUCCAUAAGUAGCUAUUUUCAGCAGUAAUAAAAAGCAUGGGGCGGCCGCUUUGCCAAAACUGUCCGUCGAUAAAAAAUACAUAAGUCCGAACAUGAGAAGGACUUUUUCGCUAGUGAAACUAAACAUAACUCAUUGUACGUCACUGCUACGUGAUGUGUCUUUGUGUACUCAAACCGCAUUAACGGUAGCGUAUGAUGCAUGUCGCUACUCGUUUUACAGUGGCGUAUCCAGAAAAAAGUUGGAGGGAGCUAGGAUUUCAAAAAGGGCAUGCCGCAAGUUGUUUAAGUUUUAUGGUUUGCUGAUAAUUGCAACAAAACACAAAAUAUUAUUUCAAAAAUUCGUAAAAAAUCGCUAUCGACAAUUUGAUUCAUUAAAUAAAUACUAUGAUUAAGCUUCGAUCAUGCUACUUUUUUCAUUUGAUGAUGAAAAAUGUUGCCUCACGUUUUUCAAUGUCUAAAAGAGACUCACAGUAAAGACCGGCGAUUAAAAAUUGAAGAGCGGGAGAGCGGGAGGCGGGUGCAUGCUUAAGCAGGACUUCUGAAAGCAAACGCCCUUAUGACGAUUGAGGAGCGUGUAAAGGAAGGGCACCUUCGCCACUGUUCAGAUAUUUAUUUUAAAUACUUCGAUAUUGCGAUUCCAUCAGUUUCACCUCCAUUCUUUCUGGAUAAGGUUCAGAUAUUUAGAAAACAUACUAUUGUUCCUUUAUACACCUAUAAGGUUCUUGAUCCUCAUAUUGCCCGUCUCCCUAAUUCGCCUCUGUCUAUUUCAUUUUGGUACUUGAUAAUAUAAUCAGCAAUUACUUAGAUUUAUAGGUUGUAGAAAUCAUUCACUUUU